AUGGGCUGUUUUAUGAAGAACAGUUUAGUUGUGAAAGAUAAUGCUUUAAUCAAUGCCAGUUAUAACUUGGAAUUAACAGAACAGCGUUUGAUUAUGCUUGCCAUCAUUAACGCCAGAGAAUCAGGGCAGGGCAUCACAGCAGACAGCAAACUAGAAAUACAUGCUAGUGAUUAUGCAAAACUGUUUAAUGUGUCAAUUGAUGCGUCAUAUAAAGCCCUCAGAGAAGCCGUGAACAACUUGUUUAAUCGACAGUUUAGCUACACAGCAGAAUAUAAAAGAACAGGAAAAACAGGCAUUGUACGGUCACGUUGGGUUAGCCAAAUUUUUUAUGUUGAUGACUUGGCAUUACUAGAAAUAACCUUUGCGCCUGAUGUUGUGCCACUGGUGACACGGUUGGAAGAACACUUCACAAGCUAUCAAGCAAAACAAGUCGCACACUUAACCAGUAAAUACGCAACAAGACUGUAUGAGCUUCUCAUUGCGUGGCGUGAAGUGGGCAAAGUCCCACAAAUAGAAAUCGGUGAGUUUAGAAACAGACUAGGGCUUUUAGAAAGUGAAUACACCGCAAUGAGUGACUUUAAAAAGCGUGUACUAGAGCCGUCUAUCAAGCAGAUCAAUGAACAUACAGACAUCAAGGCGGAAUAUGAACAACAUAAAAAAGGGCGGUCAAUUGUCGGGUUUUCUUUCAAAUUUAAACAAAAGCAAAAGCCAAAAGAAAUAGUGGCUAAAAAUGAUAUAUGUCCACGAGAUCCGAAAACAGUUGAUAUGUUCACUGGUAAAACCGAUGCAGAGACUAAGACUGCGGUAAACACUAAGGCGAUUGUCAAAGAUACUGUACCGCCUGCGAAUCCCUUGCAACACCGAGCAAGUCGCAUCACAACUGCCAUCAGAACGAAUGGACUACAUGACUGUUUUAAGCAGGGGGAGGAAGGCAUAUUUAGCACCUUAAAACGUAUUCAAGAAGAAAUUGUGAGCGGUGGCGAUAGUGUGGCGGACUUUUGGCAAAACAAGUUAGAAGAAUUUGGGGUGGUUUUUGAUUAA